UUUCCAACCAUCCCUCGCGGUUGCUUAUCCCUCGAUAGAAUUUUUGGUGAAUCGAAUACUUUUGAUAUUGUUCACCUUAUGCGUUUCUGUUCUCGUACUGGCAUCCUUGGUGAUAUUUAGCGCCUCUGAUUGUUCUGCACAUUUGCUGGUGCUACAUAGCCUUCCCGGUUUGGUGCCUUCUUUUGAUAAUUACUUACUUCUUUUUUGUGCUUUACAAGGUGUGAGUUCUAUGCUGGUACUGCACACUUGAGAAAUGGUCCAAUAUAGACAGUGUGUGAAUCUAAACUUGGAGACUUAAUAGCCUCCAUGUUAGAUUCUUAAAUGAUAUUCUUAUGUUUGUUAGCAUUACAUAUGUUGAUGAUAUCCUUUUCGCCCAAGCUUCGGAUGUUAGUGUAAGCCUAUGGAAGUUUGGCACCAGUUCGUGGAAAUUUGUUACUGGUGUGCAGUUUUUGGGGGUGACCAGAGAUCAUGGUUAUUGUAAACACAUUGGCCAAGUGUCAGUCCACACCGAAGAUCCCUGACACCAACACAUCUAAGAUCUCAUCAUUGCAAACUCAUAAUUACUAACUAGUGGCCUGCCAGCCUUGACAGAUCUUAACUCUAACUGAUAAGGAAAACUUCUGAGUGACAUUAUGCAGGCUGGUUUAAGAUGUAAAUCAUCAGGUGAGGGAUUUAUUCUGCAAUAGUUUAUUGUUUGCAUAUGCUCGUCCUAUGAUAGGUUACAGUAAAAUUGGGCACCUAUUUCAGUUAUGACCUAUGAUAAUUUGUCCUCGUGGCUUUUCUUGUAUUGCUGAAAAAAAAGUGGGGAAUGUCCUUAGCCACACAAGGUUAACAAAGGGCACUUAUGUACCAGAAUCCUGCCUCCUAACUGUCCAUUGUUCAGCAAGUUAUACAUUUCAUAAUAAAAUGUCUUAUGCACAAUAACAUCACAUUAACGUGAUGUAUCAAAGAGAAAACCAAUAGGAGCCAAAUUAACCAAGUUAUUGUUGUAUCUGUAAUCCCUAAUUAUCUCCUUGAAAUAAAUAUUGGUGAAAUUAUGAUUUAAGGUGAGACAAAGACAUUAGUAUGCAUAUGUACUUUUAAUAGGGUGCUUAUCACUGUGUAUAACACAGGUACUGAACCAUCUGUCUGAUGGCCAAGGUUUGGAAACUUGACAAUGUUCAGAGAAUAAGUUGGUGUGACAUACAAGAUACUUGUUACAAACAUGGGAGACCGGGACAUGGGACACAGGGAGAGUUGCCUCAGUGACACUACCCAGGCAGAACAUGUGCUUCACAAUACUUCUCGAGUGACGUAUCAUACGUGUAGCUUAAUCCAGAAAUGUUUAGUUUUCUCGAGAGGUCGCAUAAUAUAUAAACCUACAUUAUGAUCACUGACCGUCUACACAAACUUCUUAGUAAAAGACUGUAACAAAGAAUUUUGCAUUGCUGUCUUGCAUACAAGUUCAAGACUGAUGUUAAUUGUUAAAUUAUUUGCAUUUUGUAUUAGUUUACAGUGAGCACAUUCUGCUGCUCAUGGAAGAGUUGGUUAACCUGACUGUCCUUCCACUUAUAUGAUAGUAAGUUAACUCUUGAAGGGCUUACAAAUGAAUGCAAAACCUUAGCUGUAAUAUUUGUUGUUCAAGAACAAUUUUGCAGUGGCAGAAAGGCAUAAACUAGGUGGGAGGUCUGGCUAACCUGAGCCACCAAGACCUGGGGGCUUGAUUAUAUGCUUUCAAUUAAUGGAAAACCUGGGCUGGUGGCUAGACUGAAGAGGAACUUGGAAAAGGCGAGUGGUAAUGGAGGUUCUUCAUACGGAAGUAAAAUAAGGUUGUAACGAGCAGAUUAGAUUCUUUAAAAUUAUUUUUGUUUGAGCUUUCUCUUUAUUGAUUUUAAUUUAAAACUAGGAAUAAAACUUCAGUGGCGAAUAAAAUAAACAAAGAGAAAUUACAAAUUAUACAUUGUUUAAUAAUUCUUGUAGAGAGUUCUGCACUAGGUGAUAUAAAAUUAAAGUCUAGUUCAGCUAAAUUACUUUGUUACUUUGACUAAAAGUUCAAUAAGAAGUUGUCAGUGUAGAGUUCAACAGGUGGCAAUAUUGCCACGUUAUCAUGGAAUACAUUGAUAACAAUAAAGAUAACUGCAAAAGCCCUGCUGAUCUAUGUGAGGCAACUCCUAUUCAUAUCCAAUCAAGCUCACUUAUAUACACACAGUAUGUCUAGGGCAAGCUUGAAACAAUCCGGUGAUCUCACGUCUAUUAUGUUACCCAGUAAUUUCCUCCGUAAAUCAACACCCUUAUUUCCAGAGUAAUAUUUACCCAGGUCUUUUUUGAAACUAAACUUUAUGCAAUUUGUUCCCAUUGUCUUGUGUUCUAUUAUGUGUCAAUAUAUUUAACUUGUUAUUAGUAUUCCCUUUGCUGUACCCUUUCAUUCAUUUGAGUACUGUACUUCAGUCAUAUCACUAUUCUGUCUCCUGAGAAUGCAAAUUAAGCUUUCUUAAUUUCUCUUUAUAAAGAAAGUUUCUAAUUCCUGGAAUUAACUUUGUCAUUCUACUCUGAACACACUCAAGUAAAUUUUCGACCAUUCUAUAGUGUGUCGACCAAAACUAAACUGCAUAAUCUAAAUGGGGCCUAACAAAGGUAGUUACCUAUCUUGUCGUUAUCUUGCAACGACUCUAGAGGUCAAGGUCCCUGCGGCAUUCUCUGACCUGGCCUUCUGGCCAAGAUAUAACUGAAGGAUAUAAUUAAUAUCAUAUUGCUAAUGCUUCUAGAUACGAAUCUGAGCAUCCUAUUCCAUACGUAUAAACGUUGAUUAAGAUCCCUCCUAACCAUGACUCCCAGAAUAGGGAUGGUAUGUUGACAAUACCAAGUCUGUUUUGUUUAUGUAAUUUCCACAUAUCCAUCUGAUGUCUGCAACUAUCAUUUCCUAGGAAUUAUUUACCUUAUAUUUAUCAGCAUUAAGCUGAUGCAUCUGCCAAUCUUUUGUUAAUUUUAAAAGCAUAUUUAAAUCAUCUUGUAGCAAUUUUGAGUCUUCUGACCUUAUUUCUUGACCUAUUUUUGUUUUUAUGUUUGAAAAUGAUACUGUUCAAUCCUUUCUAAUUUAUAUGCUGUAUUGUAGAGAGAGAGAUACCCCCCUUGGGGUACUCCACCUGUAAUGGUGUUCCACUUGGAUUUAACUUUAUGCAAACCCUCUUUCUCUCCUGGAAAUAACCAUGCCCUAAUCCAACUUAGGAUAACCCCUUUAGUUCCGUGCACUUCUAAUUUUCUAAUAAUCUUUUGUGAGGCACAAUAUCAAAGGCUUUGCUGUAUUCAAAGUAAAGAAUAUCACAAUCCACAAUAAUAUACUGAACUUAGGACUGGGCUCAGGUACUGAACAUGGAAUACUACUUACUAUGUCAGGGAUUCUUACACUGUACAACUAUUUGAGUAUAAGUAUAAUGUACAGAUGUACAGUAUAUGAUAGACGAGAAAAACCAAGCUAGCGCCUCUGUUAUCUUCCCGUGGUGUUUAUAUAUAGGACAGUACUGUACUUGAUUAUUAUGAUUGUUGAGAAAAUAUUCCAUGAAUAAUUGGAUAUUUUUGUAGAGAAUCAUUUUCUGACAGGCAUUAAAUCAAGAGGAAUAAUGAUUUUUAAAUAUGCAGUACAGUAUUGUAUACAACGGAGGUAUGUCGGUGAAUGUAUUGGCAGUUUUCUUUCAUGUUAAUAACUGUGUUGGUCCUUUGUUGUGGUAUGUGUGCAGAGUACCGAGUGGUCGUGUUAUGUUGUGGUAUGUGUGCAGAGUACCGAGUGGCCGUGUUAUGUUGUGGUAUGUGUGCAGAGUACCGAGUGGCCGUGUUAUGUUGUGGUAUGUGUGCAGAGUACCGAGUGGCCGUGUUAUGUUGUGGUAUGUGUGCAGAGUACCGAGUGGCCGUGUUAUGUUGUGGUAUGUGUGCAGAGUACCGAGUGGCCGUGUUAUGUUGUGGUAUGUGUGCAGAGUACCGAGUGGUCGUGUUAUGUUGUGGUAUGUGUGCAGAGUACCGAGUGGCCGUGUUAUGUUGUGGUAUGUGUGCAGAGUACCGAGUGGUCGUGUUAUGUUGUGGUAUGUGUGCAGAGUACAGAGUGGCCGUGUUAUGUUGUGGUAUGUGUGCAGAGUACCGAGUGGCCGUGUUAUGUUGUGGUAUGUGUGCAGAGUACCGAGUGGCCGUGUUAUGUUGUGGUAUGUGUGCAGAGUACCGAGUGGCCGUGUUAUGUUGUGGUAUGUGUGCAGAGUACCGAGUGGCCGUGUUAUGUUGUGGUAUGUGUGCAGAGUACCGAGUGGUUGUGGUAUGUGUGCAGAGUACCGAGUGGCCGUGUUAUGUGUGCAGAGUACCGAGUGGCCGUGUUAUGUGUGCAGAGUACCGAGUGGCCGUGUUAUGUGUGCAGAGUACCGAGUGGCCGUGUUAUGUGUGCAGAGUACCGAGUGGCCGUGGUAUGUGUGCAGAGUACCGAGUGGCCGUGUUAUGUGUGCAGAGUACCGAGUGGCCGUGUUAUGUGUGCAGAGUACCGAGUGGCCGUGGUAUGUGUGCAGAGUACCGAGUGGCCGUGUUAUGUGUGCAGAGUACCGAGUGGCCGUGUUAUGUGUGCAGAGUACCGAGUGGCCGUGGUAUGUGUGCAGAGUACCGAGUGGCCGUGUUAUGUGUGCAGAGUACCGAGUGGCCGUGUUAUGUGUGCAGAGUACCGAGUGGCCGUGGUAUGUGUGCAGAGUACCGAGUGGCCGUGUUAUGUGUGCAGAGUACCGAGUGGCCGUGGUAUGUGUGCAGAGUACCGAGUGGCCGUGUUAUGUGUGCAGAGUACCGAGUGGCCGUGUUAUGUGUGCAGAGUACCGAGUGGCCGUGGUAUGUGUGCAGAGUACCGAGUGGCCGUGUUAUGUUGUGGUAUGUGUGCAGAGUACCGAGUGGUUGUGGUAUGUGUGCAGAGUACCGAGUGGUUGUGGUAUGUGUGCAGAGUACCGAGUGGUUGUGCUAUACAUGA